AUGCUUGACGGAGGACUUUCGUCCUUGCAACAUAACAUGGGCACCAUCUGGCAAGAGGCGAUAAUGAAGAGCUUUUCAACCGUACUUCUCGAUGCUGAGGAAACAAGCCCGUUAUCCUUUGUGAGGGAAGUCGAGCCCGUGAAAGGCGAUCACAAUGAUCCUUUGCGGUCGCCUGAUGAUGACAGCGACGAUGGACCCGUACUCCUAUAG